UUAGACUUAACCACCUCCUGCCCGCCAUAUAGUAAUAUGACGGACGCAAGGUGGUUCUCUCGUUCUGGGAGGACAUCAUACACUGUCCUCCCAUUCUCACCGCGCAUGUGCGGCUCUCGAAGCGCGGCGAUCGGCAGUGCGCUGUGUCCCACAGACACAGCGGAUCACCGAUGCACGGAAGGAGCCGAAGAUGUUGGCUCGGUCAUGUGAUCAGCUGUGUCCAAUCACAGCUGAUCACAUGUAAACAGGGAAAUGCCGUGUUAUCGGCAUUUCUCUCC